AUGGUGCAGCUCAAGCAUGAACCUCUUCUUGCGCCGCUACGAAGCGUCUCACCAGCCACGACGGCGCCGCCGCCACUUACAGCAUGCCUGGUUCACGACGGAGAAUCCGAGACAGACAUCAACUGGCUGGACAUUCCGGACAAACUCUUCGACAUUGACUUGCCACCAUUCUUCUUUGAACAACUCAUGGCGGUCCCCGUUCCUCUCGCACCGGUGCUGGCGCCCCCAUCCGCUGCGCCACCCUCGGCAACACCAUUGAACGGGCAACCCACACGACUAUCGAAUCGGCCACCCAAGCCCCGCCGCCCCAAGUGCGCAGUCGACGGGUGCGACCAACGCGUGCGAUCCCGAGGAGUGUGCAAGCAGCAUGGCGGUGGAAGAUUGUGUCGCAUCCCCGAGUGCCAGAACUCUGCAGUCGGACGUGAGUAUUGUGUCAGCCAUGGUGGAGGCAAGAGCUGCUUACACCCCAACUGCGCCAAAGCCGCUCAAGUUGGAGGGUAUUGCAAGGCCCAUGGCGGCGGGUCGCGCUGCCAGGUCGAAGGCUGCAAAAAGAGCAGCCAAACGAACGGUCGGUGUCGAUAUCACGGUGGCGGCAAGCGGUGCGGCGCGCCGGGGUGCUCCAAAGGCGCCCAGCGGCUGGGCCUCUGCGCUGCGCAUGGAGGGUACCAUCUCUGCCAGCAUGCGUCUGGAUGCCCCCGAAAAGAUCGUGGCGGUGGCUUCUGCGAAAGUCAUCGUCGCGAGUUGGAGUGCUCCCGAGCCGGGUGCAAGCGGCUGCGCAAGGCCCAAGGGCUAUGCACAACUCACCUUCGCAUCGGGGACCAGCACGACUUGAUUGCGUUGCUGGAUGACCUGAUCGAUAUUCCAAACGAACGAUAA